CCGACAUUGACGACUUCGAAAAAGCCUAAGCGAUGCUCUGCAAAUCUGGGAGCUGCCCAAAUCCCCCAGAUCCCGGGAUGGAAUCAUGAGGGUUCGCGCGUGGCAUCUUCCCCCGGGCCCAAUUUGCCAUUGUGAACUUACCCUCCUACGUGUAACAACAACGGACAUCAACUCUCGAACUAUCCUCAACAACCACACUCGCAACAUCAACCAAUCAACCAAAAUACUAUUUCCCCUUCCCAAACAGAGGUACCCUCCCCUUCCUCCCCUUCCUCCCCCCGCGGCAUAAAAAUCCACCCCCCCUAGUCCAAAUGCCCCCACCCUACCCCUUCCUAGGAGUAAUAAUGUUCCUGUCGAGUCUUCUAGCAUACUUCUUUACACUCUAUUCCGGCAUGAGUUCUUCUGUGGAUGGUGGUGAGCGGUGGAGGGAGGUGCGGAAGAGUAGUAUUGUUGGCUUCUUCGCGCAAGAUUUGGAGGAGACGGAUCCAGGGAGAUUUGAUUGGAUUGAGAGUGGGUUUGGGUUGUUGGAUGAAUUUGGUGUUCCCGGGCUUGAGAUGGAAAGGGAGGGGGAGGGGGAAGGAGAGAGGAGUAGGAAGUGGGGAAAGUUUCGGAAGGCUAUUGGCAGGUUGAACAGCCAGGCGCCAGGGAAUACGGUUUAUAAAGUGCUGUAUUUGGCUAGGCAUGGGCAGGGUUUUCAUGUAUGCUCUUUCCUUUCUCUCUCUCUUGAUCUCGUUGGGGAAUGGAGAUGCUGACGUUUUUGGUAGAAUGUUGCCCGUAUUUCUACGGUACCCAUCUUUGGGAUUGUCAUUGGUCCUUGCUGGAUGGGAAUGGGACUUCCGUUUGGGCCGAUGCUGAGCUCACGAAUAUUGGUAUCACGGAAGCUCAGCGAGCGAAUAUUGCUUGGAAGGACCAGAUUAAAGCCGACGUCCCGUUGCCGGAGAGCUACUAUUCUUCUCCAUUGAGGCGUGCUGCAAGCACCCUCGAGAUAACCUGGAAAGACAUCACUCUGAACAACCACAAGGCUCCGAAACCCAUUGUCAAGGAGAAACUCCGCGAGACGAUCGGUAUUCAUACCUGCGACCGCCGGAGUUCCAGAACCGAGAUUGCAGAAAAGUUUCCCGAAUUCGUCUUCGAGAAGGGCUUCCUAGAGAAUGACCCGUACUGGACGCUCAAGUGGAGGGAACCUAACGAUGUACGAGGCAUCAGGCUGGGGGAAGCCCUAAACGACAUCUUCGCCCAUGACAAUAACACCUAUAUCAGUAUUACCGCUCAUAGUGGGGCUAUCACCAGUAUGCUGCAAGUUCUCGGGCAUAGACCAUUUAGACUUCAGACCGGAGGGAUGAUUCCAGUGGUUGUGAAGGUUGAGUUUGUUCCAGAGCGUGGGCCAACACUGACCAGCGUCUCACCUUCGUAUGGAGCGCCAAGUUGCACAACAAACCCGAUAACAAAUUUAUAGGCUGGAGGUUGGUAGUGAAAAACUGUAUGAAAAUGUAUCGCAUCAAGACGGAGGGUUCGAUUCUUAAUAUAUGAAAUAUAAAGAGCAUACUUGA